UCCCAGGGGUUUACAGUCUAGAAACCUCUCCAGGUAAUGCAGACAACCAAAGCGUGUCCAUUUCUGAAUCAGCUGACCGGUGUCCCAAAGAGAUACUGGUCACAAAAAGGUCAAUGUUCACUCUGGAAUGUACCUAGAAGAUCAGCUGUAUUUACCUCCAGCAUCAAAUUAGAUGCUAAUAGAUACACUUAACUUUGUUUGAUCUGCCUAGAAACCCCCUUUUUCUAGGAACAGCACCCUCUUUAUAUUUGGAACUAUCCUGUCACAUCCCCACCUUCUGUUCUCCUCAUCCUUUCCUUUUGCUUCUUCAAAACACACCUCACCUGCUGUAAACAGUGGUUCUAGAGCCAGCAAUGGAGCGCAUCCUUCCCGUCCAAUCGCCUUCACACUCUGAAUCUCUCGGACUUCUCCUGUGCAAAUAGCAGAAGAUAACUUUUUAAAGGGGUCAUGUGAUGAGACCAAGCCCACCCAGAUAACCCCCAUUUUGGUUAGCUCAGAGUAGACCCGAUCAGACUGCAAAACUCUUUUGUCCUGUAAUAUAACAUAAGUAUGGACGGAAUACCCUAUCUUCUUCAAUAUCCCCGUCUUCCUGGGAUUAGACUGGAAAAUCCUGGGGAACAUUUUAGAAUUCUUCCUGCCACUGCCUCUUUUCAACUUCAUUCCAAUUUGGUUCUUGUGGAGCCAUAAAGGAAUUUUGUCAUUUUACUUUAUUGCUAGAACAUAACUUACGUUCCACUGUUAGAAAAAUUCAAAAGCAACACAGGAAUCUAUUUAAACAGGUUAAAAUUGGUAAUCGCACCUUUUAGGGAAACAACUUCUGAGAGUUUCUGCUGUGAUUUGGAGACAGAGUAGCUUUUUUCCCAGGUCAUCCUUUAUUUCUGUUGAGGCUGGUGGGAAUUGAAAUCCCAAAUUUAAAUUCUAUAAUACUGCACAAACCAGGAGAUUGAUUCCCUUUUGCUGUUUGCUGGAGUACCAGUUGAUACCCUCAAUCUAAAAUCAGGGCAGCAUCAAUAUUUGAAAUAUGCUACUUCACUACAGCCAGAAAAUAUUUUAUUGGCAACAUUAUCCUACAUUUUUAAAUGAACACAGUUCUGCAUGGUAGAAACACACAUUAAAUAUUUACUGAAGAACCAGCUCCCUAAAAAUCUAAUUUACUAGCCAGAAAGAUGUACUGCAUUUUUUGAAGAAUAGUUAGAAAACAAAGGAGAUUUAGUGGGCAGGGGAUUACAGUCUUUAAAUAUUUUAAAAAGCACAAAAAGGAGAAUAAAUUAUUUUGUGUGGAUUUAGUAAGUCAAUCUAGGAAUGACGGAUAAAUGUGGCAAGGAGGUCUUGGGGAGACUUUUUCUUAAAAAUAAAAAUAAAAGAGAAACCCUUAAGCAGGAACAGGCUCCUGGGAAAGACAGGAUGUUUCUUUCAGGUUGAAGUAUCCUGACAGAAAAGGCUAAACUCUUAUGUUUAAGAGCGCCAUGCAGCAGGUUUUACCCAACUUUAUCAUGUUUACAGGCCUUACUGUCUCUGUCACGACUAUUAACUCCUCAGUUGUCCGGUGAAAGCAAGCAUGGAUAAUACAGGAAUGGAUGGGCAUGACUGUGUUCCAAUAAAACUUUAUUUACAAAAACAGGCACUGGACCAGAUCUGGUCUGUGAACAGUGGUUUGUCAACCCCUGCUCUGUCUUAUUUCCUGAACUGGCUGGGAGAAAGACCUAAACGUUGACCGAGUCCCUUCCAUAUUUAAAACAUCAGUGGGAUAGGAUACAGGAAGGCGUGGGUAUCAUUUGCCAAAAGAUCCUUCCAGGAUGAGCUAGCCACCCCUAUCCCUUAUUCACUUGUGUCGCCAGGUCAUCAUGCCGGAAAAACUCAGAUGAAAUGUAUCAUGACCCCAAAUAACUGGGAAUGUUAUGGACAUUGUGGAAAAGGAAAACCCUGUGCAUGAAUUGUGUGGCCCUAUCAUGAAAUAGUUAAUAUAUUAAAUAGCUGAAUGGGACAUUCAUAGAAUAUGCUGACAGGACAAAAAGUUGAAACCGUUGGCAGAACACCAAAGUCAAUAUCGGAGCCAAGCAAAUACGCCCGUAGGGCCGCACUGGGGAAGCUCGAAGACCGGCCAUCUUUAGGUGGCAGGAGACACCGUCACCUCCAGAACCACAGAAGCAAUUGUGCUUUCAGGAUGAUUUCGCUCAGGCAAGCCGCUUAUUUCGUUUGCUUGUUUGCUACCGUUUCCUGCGGGUGUUUGACUCAACUAUAUAAAAACACCUUCUUCCGAGGUGGGGAUGUAUCCGCCGUGUACACCCCGAACGCCCAGCACUGUCAGAUGAUGUGCACCUUCCAUCCCAGGUGUUUGCUAUUUAGUUUUCUUCCUGCGAGUUCCACUCAUGACACAAACAAAAGGUUUGGUUGCUUCUUGAAAGACAGUGUUACAGGAGACCUGCCAAGAGUGUCACGGACCAGUGCAAUUUCUGGACAUUCCUUAAAGCAGUGUGGUCAUCAAAUUAGUGCGUGCCACCGAGACAUUUAUAAAGGAAUUGAUAUGAGAGGAGUCAAUUUCAAUGUCUCUAAGGUUAAAAGUGCUGAGGAGUGCCAAAAAAUGUGCACGAACAGCAUUCACUGCCAGUUUUUCACAUACGCCACGCAAACGUUCCACAGUGCAGACUACCGGAACAGCUGCCUAUUAAAGCACAGCCCGAGUGGAACACCUACUAGCAUAAAGGUGCUGGCUAACGUGGAAUCUGGAUUCUCACUGAAGCCCUGUGCAGUCUCAGAAAUCGGCUGCCACAGGGACGUCUUCCAGCAGCUCGCAUUCUCAGAUGUGGAUGUCGCCAGGGUUCUCGCUCCAGAUGCCUUUGUUUGUCGGACCAUCUGUACCUAUCACCCCAGCUGCCUUUUCUUCACAUUCUACACCAACGCCCAGAAGACAGAGUCACAAAGAAAUGUCUGUUUCCUUAAGACUUCCCAAAGUGGGACCCCGAGAUCCCCUUCUCCUCAGGAAAACGCCGUGUCUGGAUACAGCCUUUUAACCUGCAAACAAACUUUGCCUGAGCCCUGCCAUUCCAAAAUUUACUCAGAAGUUGACUUUGAAGGAGAAGAAUUGAAUGUGACCUUUGUUAAAGGAGUGAGUGGCUGCCAAGAGGCUUGUACGAAAACGAUGCGCUGUCAGUUUUUUGCUUAUUCUUUACUCCCAGAAGAUUGUAGAGGAGAGAAGUGUAAGUGUUCCUUACGAUUAUCUCUGGAUGGCUCCCCCACUGGGAUUACGUAUGGGACACGAGCAAGCUCUGGUUAUUCUCUGAGGUUGUGUAAAAGUGGGGACAGCUCUGUCUGUGCAACAAAAACAAACACACGCAUUGUUGGAGGAACCAACUCUGACUGGGGAGAGUGGCCCUGGCAGGUCAGCCUGCAAGUGAAGCUGAGAGCUCAGAACCACCUGUGUGGAGGGUCAAUCAUCGGACACCAGUGGGUCCUGACUGCAGCCCAUUGCUUUGACGGGCUUCCCUUGUCGAAUGUUUGGCGCAUUUAUGGCGGCAUGUUAAAUCUGUCCAAGAUAACCAAAGAAACACCUUUCUCACAAAUAAAAGAGAUUAUCAUUCACCACAAUUAUAAAAUCUCGGAAGGUAGUCAUGAUAUUGCCUUAAUAAAACUUGAGACUCCUUUGAAUUACACUGAUUUCCAAAAACCAGUAUGCCUACCUUCCAAAGAUGAUACAAAUACAAUUUACACCAACUGUUGGGUAACUGGAUGGGGCUUCACAGAGGAAAAAGGUAAAAUCCAAGAUACUCUACAAAAGGCAAAUAUUCCUUUGGUUUCAAAUGAAGAAUGCCAGAAAAGUUAUAAAGAAUAUAAAAUAACCAAACAGAUGAUCUGUGCUGGCUAUAAAGAAGGGGGAAAAGAUGCUUGUAAGGGUGAUUCAGGUGGUCCCUUGGUUUGCAAACAUAAUGGAAUUUGGCAUUUGGUGGGCAUCACCAGUUGGGGUGAAGGCUGCGCCCGCAGGGAACAACCAGGGGUCUACACCAAAGUUGCUGAAUACAUGGACUGGAUUUUAGAGAAAACACAAGACGGUGAUGAUCAGUCUUUGAUGAAGUAGCCAGCCCGACGAAGCUUCACAGAGAUGGGGAAGAAGCCAGUUGGGCGCAUUAGUUUUGCAACCUGGGUUCAAUUCAAGUACUGAGCCUUGGGGUCCUCAUCAGCCAAAACGUGGAGAGUGAUGUCUACCUCCUGUCCUUGUCAUACGGACAAAAAUGGACAAUGCAUAAUGCUUUCAGCAUUCAGUAACAAUGCUAUAGCGGGAGAUACUAACAACUGAGUAUCUCCACGAUUGUUGGUUGUGAAAUAAAAUGGCAAAAGAGUGUGAUCAAAAAGUGGUUUCUUCUCAAACUCACAG